AUGGGUUCCUCAACAAUGCUAAUUUUCUUCAUUCUUCCUAUACUCUUGGUCUUGGCCCCUCUUGCUCCUACCAUAGUGGGCGACCAUAGCACCAGCGGUGUUUGCACGAUGAGGGCAGACUACUGCUGGAGCUGCUUCAAUACUAAAAACACCAACAAUGGCAACAUCUACAAUAAAAACCUCAACACCCUCCUCUCCUCUUUCCCUUCCAACCCCAAAAUCAAUCCCAGAUUUUACACUUCUUCUCUGGGACAAGCCCCCAACAAAGUGAACGCAAUUGCCGUAUGCAGAGGGGACGUUGCACUCGAAGAUUGCCGCACCUGUUUCAAGGACUCUGUUUCCAUUCUCCUGCAGAACUGUACUAAUCAGAAGGAAGCAAUCAUAUGGGCAGAGCGCUGUACGGUUCGAUACUCGAACAUCUCGAUUUUCGGUGUGCUUGAAUAUGAGCCUGUUAAGUUUGUGCCGAGCCCAAAUAACAUAUCAAACGCUGAACAGUACAAGCAGGUGCGCGACCCCUUAUUUGGAAAUUUAAGUGAGAAAGCUGCAGCAGGGAACUCUGUUUUAAAAUUUGCAGCAGGGAAUGCGUUGGUGCCUUUAACAAAUCAAACUAUAUAUGCAACUGUCCAGUGCAGCCCUGAUUUGAACAAACAAAACUGCAGCGAUUGCCUUAAAAAGUCCAUCCCAAAUAUUACAGAGUGUUGUGGUGGUGUGGGUGGAGGAAGAGUUCUUAGACCCAGCUGUUAUUUGAGGUUUGAGUCCAAUCCUUUCUGAGUCUGGAGCAGAUACCCUAAUAAACCUUCCAGGCGAACAAGGAAAUAAUACGAGUAUCAUUACAAUAAAAGUGUCGCCACCGUCAUUCUGACGAUUGGUAUUGUCAUUAUGCUUGUGAGAGUCUGGAAGCGAAGAAGGGCAAGAGCGUUUAUUCAAUUUUGUUUUAUUACAAUUUUGAAUUUAACAAGGGCACUUAUCGUUUGUUGGUGCUUGAAUGUGUCAAGACCAAUGUAAUAGGGAUUACCCCCUUUUUGUUUAAUA